GUUACAUUGACAGAUAGAUGAUAUUAAUUACAUGUGUAUUGGUGUGAUUAUAAUUGGAGCCUGGUGUAUACAGGGAAAUUAUAAGUUUUAUUUUAUUUAUAUAUAAGCAAUGGUAUCAUUAUUUUUUUCUCAGCCAAUGACGCCUGUAAUGUCGGGACUGGAGGAGCAGGAGAAGCUGCUCGAGGAUGCUAUUGGAGUUGUCAAGGUCCAGGCAUUUCAGAUGAAGCACUGCUUAGACAACGCUAAACUCAUGGAUGCUCUGAAACACGCCUCUACAAUGCUAGGGGAACUUAGGACGUCGCUUUUGAGUCCUAAAAGUUACUACGAAUUAUAUAUGGCAAUAACUGAUGAGUUAAGACACUUGGAAUUGUAUUUACUUGAUCAAUACCAAAAAGGAAAAAAAGUUACAGAUUUAUAUGAAUUAGUACAAUACGCGGGAAAUAUUGUUCCUCGUUUAUAUUUACUCAUUACUGUUGGAUUAGUUUACAUUAAGACAAACCCAUGCUUAAAGAGAGAUCUACUGAGAGAUUUAGUUGAAAUGUGCCGUGGAGUUCAGCAUCCUUUGCGUGGUUUAUUUUUACGAAAUUAUCUGCUACAAUGUACGCGAAACAUUUUGCCAGAUGUUAUUGAAGGAGAUGAUGAGGAGGGAACUGUUCGCGACAGCAUUGAUUUCGUGCUGAUGAACUUUGCUGAAAUGAAUAAACUGUGGGUGAGAAUGCAACACCAAGGUCACAGCCGCGAUAAAGAGCGGCGUGAACGGGAACGAGAGGAGCUUAAAAUUCUUGUUGGGACUAAUCUAGUGAGAUUAUGCCAACUCGAGUCUGUGACACUUGAAAUUUAUAAGAAACUUGUGUUGCCGGGAAUAUUGGAGCAAGUUGUCAGCUGUCGAGAUGCUAUUGCUCAAGAAUAUCUUAUGGAAUGUAUUAUUCAGGUGUUUCCCGAUGAAUUUCAUUUACAAACGUUGAAUGCAUUUUUAAAAUCCUGCGGAGAGUUGCGUAAUGGUGUUAAUGUCAAAAACAUAAUUAUAUCGUUAAUUGAUCGUCUCGCUACAUUCAGCCAACGAUCAGAUGGUGUAGGAGGACCUGGAAGUCCUAGCCAAGCUCCAGGAAUCCCACAAGACGUACAAUUGUUUGAUGUAUUCAGUGACCAGGUCGCUACAAUUAUUGAGAUAAGACAAGAUAUGCCACCGGAGGAUAUUGUUUCAUUGCAAGUAGCAUUGAUAAACUUGGCCCAUAAAUGUUAUCCAGAUCGUGUUGAUUAUGUGGACAAAGUAUUAUUUACAACUGUACAAAUUUUCAAAAAGUUAAAUGUGGAAAAGCUAGAAUUUAACAGCGCUGUUUCGAGAGAGUUAUCCAGACUGAUGAAAAUACCUGUUGACAAUUAUAAAAAUAUAUUAACAGUUUUAAAAUUAGAAAAUUAUGCGCCUCUUCUUGAGUACUUUGACUUUGAAGGAAGAAAAUUGUUGGCUGUUUAUAUUAUUACAAAUAUAUUGGAUAAUGAAACUAUGAUACCCAGUCAGGAGCACGUAGACUCGGUUUUGUCAAUGAUUGCACCCCUUGUCCAAGACCAACCGGACCAGCCGAAUAUUGAAGAAGAUCCCGAAGACUUUGCUGAAGAGCAGGGCCUCCUUGGUCGUCUUAUUCAUCACUUUAAAUCCGACACUGCCGAUCAACAGUAUUUAAUUCUAAGCGCCGCAAGAAAACACUUCAGCGCUGGAGGAAACAAAAGAAUUAAAUAUACUCUUCCGGCGAUUGUUUUCCAAGCUUAUCAACUUGCUUUUACUUACAAAGCCAUCAAAGAUCAAGACGAAAUGUGGCAAAAAAAGUGUCAAAAAAUAUUCCAGUUUUGUCAUACAUCAAUUACAGCUCUCAUGAAAGCUGAACUUGCAGAGCUACCACUAAGAUUGUUCCUUCAAGGGGCGUUGGCUAUCGGAGAAAUUCGCUUCGACAAUUUUGAAAUGGUCGCGUAUGAAUUUAUGAGUCAAGCUUUCUCGAUAUACGAAGACGAGAUAAGCGACUCCAAAGCUCAAUUAGCUGCAAUAACAUUGAUAAUUGCAACGUUCGAACAAAUGAGUUGCUUUAGCGAAGAAAACGCUGAACCAGUGAGAAAUCAAUGUGCUCUGUACGCAAGUAAAUUACUAAGGAAACCAGAUCAGUGUCGUGGAGUAGCUACUUGCUCUCACAUAUUUUGGUCAGGAAAAUCUUUAGCCACUGGCGGGAAAGAGAUGCAAGAUGGGAACAAAGUUCUUGAUUGCUUGAAAAAGGGGAUCCGAAUCGCCAGUCAGUGUAUGGAUACAUCUGUUCAAGUACAACUCUAUGUGGAAUUGCUUAACCAUUACAUUUAUUUCUAUGAAAAGGGAAAUUCUUCUGUGACGGUACAAAUUCUCAAUCAAGUAAUAGCAAAAAUAAAAGAAGAAUUACCGAAUUUAGGAGUUAGCGAAGAGACGGAACAAAUUCAAAAACAUUUGGCUAAUACGUUAGAACAUUUGAAAAAUAGAAUGAAACUUUCAGAGUCUGAGGCACUUAUACAAGCAUACAACGAUCUUGUUUUAUAAUCUAAGUAAAUUUUUUAAUGAAAAUCUGUGUAAUUUUGUAAAUACGCAAUUUGAAUUGUAGAUUCAAAAUUUUUUAUUAUGGUUGGGAAUCUCUUGGGUA